UGAAAAAUCUCAUAAUAAAAGUCUUGUGAUUAACAAUUUAAUUUUUUGUCACAUCAAAUAUACAAAUGUUAAUAAAAUCAUAUGAGUAGAAAGUGUCAAUAAUAAAUAUAAAUAUACUAUAUAUAUAUAUAUAUAUCUCUAUGUAAAUAUUACUAAAGUUAAUUAUAUACAAAAUAAAGUAAUAAAAGGAUUUGUAAUAAAACAUGAUCCAAUCACCUAUUUUUUAGUUUGUUCGAAAAAUGAGAGAUUUGAUCAUUCGUUUAAUAUUUUUUUUUCUCUAAUACUCUAUCUAGCUAUUAUAAUUGUAAAAGUGAGAGUUUUGAACUAUUUGUUAUAAGUUUGCUAGUUUGUAAUUUAAUAAAUCAAACAGUUCUUAAUUUAUACAUAGUUUACAUAUGAAUUGUAAAGUACUACAUAUAUUGUUAUAGGUAUACUCUUAUGUAACUAAACCUCAAAAGCGUGGGUUAAUAAAAUAAGUAAUUUGUUUUAUUGUUAUAAAUUAGAUGAUUUUUGAACUGGUGAAUACAUACUAGAUAGACAUUUAUAUUUUGAGUCUUCACUUAUAUUCUAUAACAGUUUAAUAUAUACUAGAUAGACAUUUAUAUUUUGAGUCUUCACUUAUUGCGAGUGAUUUGUUUUCAAAAUUUUGAUUCUUAGAUAUGUAUUUGGAGUGAAACUAAUUUUUACAAAUGUCCAUCUUUUAAAUUUGGUACUUAUGUAAUUCACCGAAUUAUCAGAAGAAAUUUAAAACAAAGAAAACUCAUAUCAGUGAAAUAUAAACGAGAAUGAAAGCCUAAUUUUGUAGAGGUAGAAAAUGAAAUAACUUAUGGAAAGUCAAUAGCAAAUAAAUCGAGAGCAGAAAAAUUAAUCUCCCCUUUCGUCAUUUUACAAUCGCUGCUGCCUAUCUGGUUUUAGUGAUUUGUGUCAGCCGCAAAAUUUAAUUUUUUUUUGUGCAUAUAAAAUCUUAAAAAUCAUUAAAGUGAGUUGUAAUAUGUUAAUUCUUCAACAACGAUGAUACAUUUAAGAGACCAACAUUUGUAUUCGUUAUUUUAUAAUUGAUAAAUAUUAUAGUGUUAUAAAAUAUUAUAAUAAUUUAAUAAACAAAUAUUAUUAUAAAAAAUUUAAUCCGCGAAUGCGCAGAUUAUUGUCUAAGUAAUACUGUUAAUCAAGCCAUUUGUCUAAGUACUAUUUACAAAUGGGUGUCAGCCUAUACUCCCAAUUUGGGCUCGAAAUGAAUAUUUGUAGGCUGGCCCAAGAUCGAAAAUGUUUGAUGAGCAUUUUAAUAUAAACCCGUUAUUUUUUUGAAUUUGGCAAGGUAUAAUGUCUUUCACAAUAUGAAGUUUACGAUGUAUUGCAGGGAAAUAUGGUUUAUUCUACACUAACCACACUUAGUCUGCAUAAUGCGUUUUUUUUCUGUACAACCACACACCAAAUAAAAUGGUAAGCAAUGCAAUACAUCUUGUAUAGGGAAAAGGGUGAGAGGAACCAUACUAAGAGCAUCUUUAUCGCUGAUAAAAAAAUGGAGUUUUUAAAAACAUUUAUAGUCUGGAUCUCCACAAAAAGCAUAAGACUCGGCUCUUCCGUAUGCAAAAUAAGAAACGUUGUGUUCUUCGAUUCUUGCAAUGUUCGUGGGCCCCACAGACACGUGGCGACUCGCGAUUGGUUAGUCUUUUAAUUUUUUUUUCAGACCAAAAAAAAUCAAAUAAGAACUCCUAAUGUGGAGUUGUGCGAUAAAGAUGCUCUAAGCUUCCGUAUAUAGCAAUGAUAAAGUAUGUGCUACUAUUCCAGACCGAAACAGUAAUAUAAAAGUUAUGUCCAUUAAACGUCACCAUUAUGAAAGAUAAGCUAACACUAAUACCAAUAAGUCAAAUAACACUUGCAUGUUGGUUUUCGGUUACACACUUACACUUGCAUAAUCCUUAAGCAUUCUUUGAUCCCUCAUUAAAAUAGGGAAACUUACCAGUAUGUUAUCUCUAUUGUGUAUCGAGUCAUCGAGAAACAAUCUCUGACCUCUGAUGUUAGGCAUACACUAAACCAUCUUUAUAGAAAACAUACAAAAAGAUUUGAUUCGUUUUGUCCUUUGAUUAAAUGUUACCAAUAAAUUAUGAUGCUACAGAGAGAAUUGCUUAGAAUCAACCUUUUUGCAUUCAUCACCCAUAAAUCAAAAUUACAAAGAUGCAAACCUUUGGAUUCGUUUUCUUUUGUGUCUUUCCUUGUAGUCAGAAUCUUUAGGUUAUUUUAAUCGAAAAGAAAAACAUUACACAACGGGCAACAAAAAAGAGGAGCUUCAUGUGUGUUCUCUGUCUGUGAAUGUGUGCAGCACUUAGAAAAAAGAAAAGAGACAAGCGUGGUAUCUGGAUGUUCGAGCCUUCAGUUGGUGGGCUUGUUGUUGCGAAUCUCUAAAUUUUUUCUAUAUUAUAUAUAUGUGUAUGUAUGUUUCCAACGUGAAAUCUCCAUAAACAAUAUUUCUUUUAAAGUGACUCUUUUCUUCCAAAACUAGCUCCUUAAGCUUUCUUGAGAAUAAAGUUUGAGCAUAGAUCUCUUUAGCUUUGUUUCUCUUUUGGGCUAAAGAUCUUCAAACUAUUGCGCGCAACAAGUGCUCAAAGAGAGAAGAAAAAUGAAGUUUAUGAAACUUGGAUCCAAACCUGAUACGGUUCAGUCAAAAGGAGACAAUGUUAGGUAUGUAGCAACUGAGUUAGAAACAGAGCUCAUCGUCACCAUCGGCAAUAUCAAGUUUUAUUUGCAUAAGUUUCCAUUGCUUUCCAAAAGUGGAUAUCUCCAGAAACUCAUAGCAACAUCAAGAAACGAAGAGAAGAAGAACCAAGUUGAUGAGGUUGACAUAUCAGAGAUUCCUGGUGGCUCUGUUGCUUUUGAGGUUUGCGUCAAGUUCUGCUACGGCAUCACGGUGACCUUAAACGCUUACAACGUGUUUGCAGCUCGUUGCGCAGCUGAGUUCCUAGAGAUGAACGAAACGUUUGAGAAAAGCAAUCUUGUUUACAAGAUUGAUGUGUUCUUGAACUCGACAAUCUUCCGCAGCUGGAAAGAUUCCAUCAUUGUCUUCUCGACCACAAGGGAUCUCUCUCCUAACUACACUAAUGAGUUUACCCUCAAGCUUGUCAAGCGUUGUCUCGACUCCAUCGCUUACACGGCUUCCAUAGACACCUCAAAAGUCGAGUGGUCUUACACUUACAACAGGAAGAAGAAGCUUGAUGAGAAAGCUGUUCCCAGAGACUGGUGGGUGGAAGAUCUAUGUGAACUUCAUAUCGAUUUGUAUAAACAAGCCAUUGAAGCUAUCGAGACGAGAGGGAAAGUGCCUGUUGAAGUCAUCGGAGAAGCCUUACAUGCUUAUGCAAGAAGAAGAAUAGGUGGUUUUAGCAAAGGCUCAGUGAGAGUUAUUGACAAAUGUUUAACUGAAUCCAUCAUAGAGCUUCUCCCGGACAAGAAAGGAAGCGUUUCUUCUAGUUUUUUGAGUAAGCUGCUUCGAGCAUCGGUCUUUCUUGGAUGUGAAGAAACCGUGAAAGAGAGGUUAAAGAAGCGGAUCAGUGAGCAGCUUGAAGAGACAGCAGUGAGUGAUAUCUUAAUGUUUGAUAUAGAUAUGGUGCAGAGCUUAGUCAAGGAGUUCAUGGACCGUGAUCCGAAAAGUCACCCAAAAGCAUCUGUUGCAAAGCUUGUUGACGGGUACUUAGCUGAGAAGUCUAGAGACCCUAAUCUACUUCUCCAGAACUUCCUAUCUCUCGCUGAAACGGUUUCUAGCUUCCCAAGACAGUCUCAUGAUGGGCUAUACCGCGCCAUCGACAUGUUUCUUAAGGAACAUCCAGGGAUUGACAAAAGCGAGAAGAAGAGAGUUUGCGGGUUAAUGGACUGUAGAAAACUUUCAGCUGAAGCAUGUGAACAUGCGGUGCAGAAUGAGCGUUUGCCGAUGCGGGUAAUUGUACAAGUUCUGUUUUUUGAACAGAUUAGAGUCAAUGGUUCAUCAACAGGAUACAGCACUCCUGAGCUCACCACAACGACUCUGAACACUGAGGAUGAUGAAUGGGACCACGUGAAAGAGUACUGAUCUCAGCAUUAAUGAAUCUCUACCGUUUGUUUCCCACUAGAAUCAACAGCUUUUGUAACACAGUUUAUUUAGUUUCCAUUUGAACUAAAAACAUUUGCUUCUUGAUCUUUAUAAAUGGGCCAAGUAGCAAUGGGUCAUAGUAAUGAGCUUUGUGUCUAGCCUCAAGCCCGUUUUCUGCCCCUAUUUAAACUGAUGUUUGUCAAAUUUGUUUAAAAUCUCGUUUGAAUAUUAGCUAGCAUGAGUGGAUAUACUAA